AUGACGAUCAUCUCUAUCGAUUUUGACGCUUUCUACGUUGCAUGCCAUAGAAGUCGUGAUAAGACAUUACUGAACAUACCCUUCGCUGUACAGCAAAAGCACAUUUUAUGCACUGUUAGCUACGAAGCACGAGCGAGAGGCGUCAAGAAGCUGUCUAGCUUGUCUGAUGCACGUAGGAUCUGCCCAGAGAUUAGAACAGUCAAUGGGGAAGAUUUAACGCUCUAUAGAACAAUCUCACGUGAUGUUUUUGCUUUUUUGGUAGAUUACCUCGGUGCAGACACACCAAUCCAAAAGCUCGGUUUGGAUGAAUUCUUUAUUGACAUAUCAAAUUUACCAGGGCAGCCACGCGAGUCAAGUCAGACCCAUCUUGUGUACCAAGACAAUGAACUCACAGAAGAUCAGCUUAAUGAUAUCGCCAUAACUGCAGACAUAAGGCGUCAAAUAUACAACCGUUUCAAACUGACUUCUUCAGCUGGCAUAAGUAAUUCAAUAAUGCUUAGUAAGCUCGUCGGAAACCUCCAUAAACCUGACCAGCAGACAUUGCUGAAUGUCAACAACGAGACAGAAUUACAAAAUCUCUUAGAUGCAUUUCACUUGAGGAAGAUACACGGCUUCGGACGCGUCGUGGUCGAGCGUAUACAGAAACUGACCGGACUGUCAGACGAUGAGACGACAGUCUACAAUACACGCAGUAGACUACAAGAAGAUGCACUCAUUAAUGAAUUUGGUGAAAAACUCGGCACGAAGUUAUACAAAAAUCUACACGGCGUUGACGACGAACAAGUACGACAGUCAAGUGUCUACCCAAAACAAAUAAGCAUUGAAGAUUCAUCUGGUAAUAUUGACACGAUUGAUGAUGCCUACAAGAUGCUACACAGCGUCACUCAAAGGCUCGUUAAGCGCCUCGAUGAGGAAUACUUGAAUAUAGAUAAAAACGGUCGAAAAUACUUUGUCAUGCAUCCCACGAAAAUGCGGAUAUCGACGCGAAGACUCUCAUCUAUUCCAAACACAAGAAUCGCGUCUCACUUCCCAGAGAGCGCGAGUUGUGAUAUCGGCGUCGCACUUUUCCAAAUAGAACGCAACACAGUUGUCGAACGUGCAAGUCGACUCUGUAGGGACUAUCUAGAGACGUCACUCACGAGACUCUAUCGUGCUGGUAUUGCUGCAGGCGCUAACAAACUACGUGUCGUUAAUGUCGCAUUCACGGAUUUCGUAGAAGGUCAGCCGAUGAAACCUAUAGACGAUUUCAUGAGAGGGCGGAAGGAAAUCAUUAACUUGAGUAGCGAUAGUGAGAGUGAGAACGAAGGUCAUAUUAGCGAGAACAAUGAUGAUGAAAUCAGAUGCCCAACAUGCAACGCUCAAUUGAUGCCAUUCACUGUGGAAUCUCACUUGCGUUUUCAUGAAUUGGGUGACUAGUUCAUGUACGACGACUUGCCACUUUCGGUAACUGAAUCAGGCCACCACGCAUAGACCAAUAAUUGGGUAAAUCAUUAAUUGUAUAAAAAAAAGUGAUCAUAUUUAAAUCUAGAUAUCUUAAAAAGAGUAGGGAUUUUUUAUUCUCCGAAAAUUUCCAACGAAUUUUUAAAAUUGUCGCAU